AUGAGAAGUUUGAAGAAGGCCGUGAACCGAUGGGGCUUGGCGGCGGCGACGCCCCCCCUAGGAAGCCGGAAGGACAGCCAAAUGGAAGAACACAUGAGCAACGAAGAAAUCAUCAAAUUUUUCGAAGAAAAUAAAAAUAUGAACAUAGACAAGCUGUACAACAUGGUGAAAAAUUUAAGUAGAAAAAAAAUGGAGGAAAGAAAAAAAAUUGUGGAGGACGAUAAAUUUCUCAGCAUCCUUGAAGAAAUCGAAAAUAGAAUAAGCAUAAUGAACACGAGGUACCUGUGCAAUUUUGCCCUACGGUUGGCUAGCCUGUCCAUAAAUAAUGAUGAUAUAAAAAAAUUAUUGACCAAAAUAAGUGACCAGGUUUUAAAAAAAAUGAAUGUGAAUCCUCGAGACUUGGUUGGAAUAUGUUUUGCGUUAAGUUUGUGCAAUAAUGUGAAUGAGUAUUUUUUUGAACAUGUGAAAAAGGAAACCAUUUCCAACAUCGAUGCGUACACUCCGACGUUGCUAACACAGUUACUGGAGAGUAUGAGACUUUCCCAAAAUUUGGAUAUCGAAUUAACCAAUUUGAUUAUCGAAAAAAUGUGUGAAGAAAUCGAUCGAUUUACAACAAAAGACGUAACACUCGCAUUGAAGACGUUGUCAAUGGCUGGCAUCCCGCGAGGUUUUCUCAUCAGACGUCUAUGCAAUCUCGUAUUUGACAAUAUAUCUCACUUUCAUCACUCCGCGUUGGUAAAUAUUUUAUACAAUUUAACUAAACUGAAAUUCACCACGACAAAUCAUAUUGAUGUGAUUUACAAAAAUGUAGAAGAACAUUUGGAAGACUGUAACGUCACGACGAUGUGUGAAUUGCUGUACACUUUUUACAUGAACGAAAUAAAUGAAGAAAAUAAAAUUCGCAAAAUUUUUGAUCAUAUACAAUAUGACCAUUUUAAUACGACCAAAACGGCUGUCAUCAUCGAUUUUGUGCAUGCCGCUACGUAUUACAAGAAUUACAUAGAUAGGGAAAAGUUAACCAAAUUAAUUGACUUGCUGUUCCAGCGGAAUGUGCCCAAGUCGCUCACACUCAUUGCCAAGAUAAGGGAGCCCAUAUAUUUUCUUUCAGGGGAUGAACAAUUUAUGUUCGACUUGAACAACGUAUCCCCCUCGUGGCUAAAUGCCAUGAAUGACUUCCUCCGAAUUGACCACGAAAAACUGCAAGCAUUGAAAACAUUUCAUGAAGUACAAAAUGUGCUAAAUACAAUUGCGCCAAAUUUUAAAUUAAAUUUUGUUCCCUUACAAAUUGUCAAUUCGUUCUCUGUUGAUUUUAUCGAAAAUGAAAAAAAAAUCAUCAUCGAUUUGGACACCAUUGUGAGGCAUACAUCGUUCCAAAUGAAACACAAGCACUUUGAAAAAUUGGGAUAUAAAACUGCCAAAAUUCACUUUUGGAAAUGGAGAAAAUGUAGAUCGGAAAAAGAACAACAGAACUAUUUGUCUGACAUCAUUUACUCCGUCACCGAUAGACGGGCAAGCGCCACGGAGGAGCCCGCCGGGGAAAGUGGCCAGGAAAAGAAAAUCAGCGCUUCACAGGGGUGA